AUGGAGACCAUGGGCACCGGGCGGAGUCCCCGGCCGCUGGCGCCACUGCUGCUCCUGCUGCUCCUCCAGGUGGCCUGGCCGCCAGGGGCCCUGGCGGAGACCCUGCAGGGCGCGCCCAGGACUCUGGGCACCAGCUCGAGCUCGCCCAGCCCUGCGAGCGUCGUGGCGCCCGGAACGACACCUUUCGAGGAGAGUCGGCUACCGGUGUUCACCCUGGAUUACCCCCAUGUGCAGAUCCCCUUCGAGAUCACCUUGUGGAUCCUGCUGGCGUCGCUGGCCAAGAUCGGCUUCCAUCUCUACCACAAGCUGCCUACCAUAGUGCCUGAAAGCUGCCUCCUGAUAAUGGUUGGACUUCUGCUAGGUGGCAUUAUUUUUGGAGUCGAUGAAAAGUCGCCACCGGCCAUGAAGACGGAUGUCUUUUUCUUAUAUCUUCUCCCACCGAUUGUGCUUGACGCGGGCUAUUUCAUGCCAACUCGUCCUUUCUUUGAGAACAUUGGCACCAUUUUCUGGUACGCUGUGGUAGGGACACUUUGGAAUUCCAUUGGCAUCGGAGUAUCUUUGUUCGCUAUCUGCCAGAUUGAAGCAUUUGGCCUGAGUGACAUCACUUUGCUCCAGAAUCUGCUCUUUGGCAGCUUAAUCUCAGCCGUAGACCCCGUAGCUGUGCUUGCUGUCUUCGAGAACAUUCACGUGAAUGAGCAACUCUACAUCCUGGUCUUUGGAGAGUCGCUGCUGAACGAUGCGGUCACAGUGGUCCUGUACAACCUGUUCAAGUCUUUUUGCCAGAUGAAAACCAUUGAGACCAUUGAUGUGUUUGCUGGAAUUGCUAAUUUCUUCGUUGUAGGAAUUGGUGGGGUGUUGAUUGGCAUCUUCCUGGGAUUCAUAGCAGCAUUCACCACCCGGUUCACCCAUAACAUCCGAGUGAUUGAGCCACUCUUUGUCUUCCUGUACAGCUAUUUGUCCUACAUAACAGCUGAAAUGUUUCACCUCUCCGGCAUCAUGGCAAUCACAUCUUGUGCAAUGACUAUGAAUAAGUACGUGGAAGAAAACGUGUCUCAAAAAUCCUACACGACCAUCAAGUAUUUCAUGAAGAUGCUGAGCAGUGUCAGUGAGACCCUGAUCUUCAUCUUCAUGGGCGUGUCCACCGUGGGAAAGAACCACGAGUGGAACUGGGCCUUCGUCUGCUUCACCCUGGCCUUCUGUUUGAUCUGGCGAGCAUUGGGUGUCUUUGUCCUGACCCAGGUCAUUAACUGGUUCCGUACAAUUCCCUUGACCUUUAAGGAUCAGUUCAUCAUCGCCUACGGAGGACUGCGCGGUGCCAUCUGUUUUGCACUCGUGUUUCUCCUUCCGGCUGCUGUGUUUCCCCGGAAGAAGUUGUUCAUUACGGCAGCCAUUGUGGUCAUCUUCUUCACGGUCUUCAUCCUGGGCAUAACAAUUCGACCGCUAGUGGAGUUUCUGGAUGUUAAGAGAGCCAAUAAGAAACAGCAGGCUGUCAGUGAAGAAAUUCAUUGUCGGUUUUUUGAUCAUGUGAAGACUGGGAUCGAGGAUGUGUGUGGACACUGGGGUCACAACUUCUGGAGAGACAAGUUUAAGAAGUUUGAUGAUAAAUAUCUGCGGAAGCUUUUGAUUCGAGAAAACCAACCUAAGUCAAGCAUUGUGUCCUUAUAUAAGAAACUGGAAAUCAAGCAUGCCAUUGAGAUGGCCGAGACUGGGGUGCUGUGUGCAACCCCUUCAGUGGCAUCUCUGAAUGACUGUCGUGAAGAAAAAAUAAGAAAACUCACACCUGGUGAAAUGGAUGAAAUUCGAGAAAUAUUAUCAAGAAAUCUCUAUCAAAUCCGUCAGCGGACUUUGUCAUACAACAGACACAACCUAACCGCUGACACCAACGAGAGGCAGGCCAAAGAGAUUCUGAUCCGCCGGCGCCACAGUCUGAGGGAGAGCAUCCGGAAGGACAGCAGCUUGAAUCGAGAUCGCAGGGCUUCUACAUCAACCUCCCGUUAUUUAUCUUUACCGAAAAAUGCAAAACUUCCAGAAAAGCUACAAAGGAGAAAUAAUUUUUCUAAUGCAGAUGGCAACAGCAGCGACUCUGACCCUGGUGCUGGGACCACUGUACUCAAUUUGCAACCCCGAGGGAGGCGCUACUUGCCGGAACAGGUCGCAAGGAAAGCCCAGCAGACCUACAAGAUGGAGUUUAAGAAUGAGGUGGAAGGAGAUUCAAGCAGAGAGCAGCCCCGCCCCUCUUCAACUCCUCACAGCAAAGAAGGGGGCACCCAGACCCCAGGCAUACUUCGACAGCCUCUUCUCUCCAAAGGUCAGAUUGUCCCAGUGAGGGACGAACGUUUGACUGAAGGCAUCCGACCUAAGCCACCACCAAGGCUGGUCCGGAGGGCAUCGGAACCUGGGAGUCGGAAAGCCAGAUUUGGAAGUGAUAAUAAACCUUAAUGAAAAUGGCCAAGGCAGACCUGGGGGAGAUGAACCUAACACAGCUGUAGCUUGUUUCUUUGACACACGACAAUAAUGGGAUCCAUCUAAAACUUUCUAUGGGUCUUUCUUUGGGUGGUAGAGCCAUGUUUUUGAUUAAUGAGAUUGAACACUGAAAAAAAAGUCUUAUAACAUGUCUUUCUGACUUGUUGCUAGCCAUUAUAUUCUUUGAAGGCUUAAAG